CCCAUUCUCCAAGCUGUGCAUAGUGCUACCUAUGCCCUCAGAGAUAUGAUAUGAAGCUGAGGCAUAUUCACUUGCCGAGUUUGACUCAUUAUAAACAUGGCGACAGAGUUCAGGACCUCAUAGUUCGGCAGCAUCUCGCUGCCAAGGCCGACCCAUCUCUCCCAAAACCUCCGCCAACAGUCAUAACAGCCCAAUUCCAUCCUGUGUAUACCACAGGACGGCGAGAUUAUGGCCGGCUGACGAACGAAGCCAAGCAAAUUCUUCGCGACGGAGGACGUGCCGAAGUGUUUGAAGCACUUCGUGGUGGGCAAACCACGUACCACGGUCCGGGACAGCUGACUGCUUAUCCCAUCAUCGACUUGAAGCAGCACAUGCUCGGCACAAGGGACUAUAUCUGUGUGCUCGAAAAGUCACUCAUCGCGCUGUGUGCCAAAUACGGCGUAAAAGCUAUGACUACCGAAAACACCGGUGUCUGGAUUACCGAAGACAAGAAGAUUGCGGCCGUCGGCGUUCAUCUUAGACGAUACGUCAGUUCUCAUGGUAUUGGACUAAACGUAGAUCGGCGCGUGGACUGGGGUUUUGGGCGGAUAGUCGCAUGCGGGCUUGAAGGAAAAUCGACAACGAGUCUAGAGGCUGAAGGUGCGACAGGACUUCAGGUCGAACAAGUUGGAAAGGAUUUUGUAGAAGAACUCGCGAGUCGACUAAGCGGCGUGGAAGGCAUUGAAGUCGUUGAUGAUCCGCUACGGAAACCGCUGGAAUAGCCUUGUUCGCUGUUCUCACGGCGAUUGAAAACAAGACCUACCAAAAACCCUGAACCUGAAUUUGCCGCCGCGUACAUCUACAUACUCGAAUUGAAUAAAUUUAUAGCCAGUCAUUAA